GUAGCUAUCUGAAACCUAAGAUCUUAUUUGCACAACUCAGAUACUUUGAAAUAACGCGCUGGAAGUGGUUGGCGGUAGGCAGGAGUAGGAGGCGCUUUGUCGACAUUAUAUACUCAGUGUUUCACCCCAGACUGCAGAUUAAUCACGAUGACAUACUCAGAAAAGUGCCUUAAUCUGACAACUUACUGGGAUCGUGCAAAUUCAAAAUGUGUGUUGUGUGAAUUAUUAGCAGGAUAUGAAGUUAGCCCAAACUGUGGCUAUGAUGACCGCGGAGGGCGACACGAGGGUCCCCACCGACAGUGCAAACCCGGUACUUUCAAUGAUGGCAGCACGGCUUAUUGCCAGCCUUGUACCUCUUGCCCGCCCGGAGUUGACCCUGUCAGCCUCUGCAACCUCACAACUGACACCAAGUGCCCAAGCUCACGACAGUGGACGACAGAAGCUCCAGUCACGGUUCAGACAAUUACAGAAAAUGUACCCAAGACAAUUACAGAAAAUGUACCCAAGACAACUACAGAAAAUGUACCCGAUCCUAGCACCGAUGUUAUGUUAUGGGCACUACCAUUGACUAUCCUAAUUUCCUUUUUGCUUGUUGUGUUGUGUGUAAUAUGCCUGAAGCGCAAAAGAGGGCAGUCAACAGUGUUGACUUAUAACAGAAGAUCAUCAUACAUCAAUGCAGGAUUCUCGCCUCUCUCUUCUUCACCUAACAACCAUCUGGAGGGAAGUCUGAGUCCUACCAUCCAGUCUGCACCUUUACAGAUAGUGCUGGACAAUCUGGAUGUUCUGGAAGAGCUGGUGAUUUUGUUGGAUCCAGAAAGUCAUGGAGUAAAAAACACCAAACAUCUGGCCUCUCAUUGCUCCUUCCCCUCCACUUGGAUUACUUACACAUACUCUAUGAAGGACAGUAAGAGCCCUCUGAAAGCCGUGUUGGAGGGACUAACCAGCAGAAACCCUGAAUGGACAGUGGGACACCUAGCUGAUCUGCUCAGACUCAUGGAGCGCAAUGAUGCAGUCGCUGUUCUGGCCAAACUCAGAGUGAAAGAGAUGGCUGUGUAGCAUUCCUUCUGCCUAGAUCUGCCAAAAUGGUUUUACUGCAUAUAACAAACUGAACGUGAAGGUGUCCGAUUUCCAGAACCCAGAAAGAAACAGAACAGAUGAGUAGUAUCACAUAAGAAUAAUAGAUAGAAUAAUAGAUGGAAUAGUUUGAUCCAGGUGUGAAAGAGCUGUAUGUCUUUUAUGGCAACAUCACAUCUCUCAUUCACAACUAUUAUAGGCACUCAGUAGUUAACUCUACAGUGAGCAGUGUCAGGCCUUUAUCAACCAGAUGGCAUCUGAUUAAAGUUGCUUUCAAAUGACAUAACGGAAAAUAAAGGAAGCAGUAUUUUUAAGGUCUUGACCCACAGAAAGUAAAAAUCAUGAUAUCUGAGCUUCUGCUAUUUAAAGUUUGAUCAGUCUUUUCUUAAUAACUGCUAAUAAAACCCUUGCUGUAUCAUCAGCAUAUUGAGCUGAUGGUAUUUUUUCACUUGUC